AUGGCAUAAUCAUUUGCAAUCUUAUAAAAUUCAUUCAAACAUUUUGGAGAAGGACAUUACAAAGAAUCUAUGGAGUAAUCUACAAUUUAAGUCUAGGGAAUUAUAGAAAUUUAAGUAACUAAAAGAAUAGUCUGAUCAAAAUUAAUCAAUGGUUUAAAUUAAUGAAAAUAUCAUACUUUGUGAAUACAAUAUAACUAGAGAUGCCAAUACUUGUAUUUCUAAAUUAGAUGAAAUCAUUGAUGAAAUAAAAAAACCCUAAACAUAAAAAAGUAAUUAUUUAAGCAAGUUUAUCAUUUUAGAAAAGAAAUAAGAUGAUGAUAGUAUUCUACAAUAUAAUAAAGCAAUCAUGUUAUUCUUGAGUGGUAAGAUUAGGCAAGCUCACAAUCUCUUGAAAUUAUUGAAGGAUAGCUAUAAUCUUGACAUUUACUUAAAUAUUAAAGUAAAUCUACUAUUGGUGGAAACCUCAUUUCAAUUACAAGAAUAUGUUUAUGCAAGCGAAUUAUAUAAAAAAUUAUCUUCUGAAGAGAUUUUAAAAUCAUUAUAAUAAAAAAAUCCUAAAACAAAUCAGAAUGAAGAUUAACAAUAAUAGCAAACUUAAUAAAUCUACACUUCACUUUUAAUAGGUUCAGAUUUGCCUUAUCCAGAUUCACAUCCAAACACAUUUAGUAAAGAAGAAUUUCUGUUUCUACUUAACGUUAUUAAAUUUCGCUUUUACAUGCUGUCUAAUUCUAAAGAUUGGAAAAAAUAACUAGCAAAUCUAGAAUCAUCAUUUAAAAACUAUUUAUUUCAAUUAGAUCAACCAAAUGGAUUGUCUUAAAAUUCAAUUCCUACAUUUUCUUAAGAAAUACAACCCUAUUUAAAAUUACAUGCUUAAAUGAUUUUCAAGUUUUUGAAAGCCUAAAAACAUUUGAACUUAAAUGAUAAUAUCUAAAAAUGUAUUAAAAUGAUAAAUCCAUAAUCUGAUAUAUAAAAUCAAUAAAACUUAGAAUUCAGUCAAUCCAAAUAGUAUCUUUAUUUGGCUUAAAUUUAUAAUAAUUUUGGAUGUGUUCAUGCUAAAUUAGGAAAAUAUGCACUUGCUGCUGUUUAUUUUCAUAAAGCUAUUUCUUAAACUAAAUUAGUUUAAUAAUAAUUAAACCUUUAUGAAGGAAUCGUUAUGACUAAUGUAAAAUAAAGAUUAUAUGCAAUGUAUUAAAAUUUAGCAGAUGCUUUAUUUAUGGAUUAAUAAUAUCAAAAAGCACUUAAUAUAUACAAUUAAUUACAAGAUUUAUGUAGUUAGAGUGCAAAGUUUUGGUAUAAUAGAGGAGUAUGUUUCAUUUAAAUAUAUCAUGAAUCAAUGCCUGAAAAAAAUGAAUUAUAUGAAAUAUCAGAAGAUCAUUCUCAAUUAAGUGCUCAAGAUGAAGCCAAAAAGAUCAUUCUUCAUAGUAGAGAAAUAUAUAGUGAUGCCGAUGAGGAAAUGUAGGACUAAUUUUACAAAAUAGAUUAAAAGAAUGAGGAAAACAAAUUUGUUUAAUCAAAAGCAAAUAAAGAGUUACUGAAUAAUGCAUUAAAGUAAGUUAAAUAAAACCUAUUAGAGAUCUUUCCGUAAUGCAAUAAUAUUAUCAAAAAAAGAAAAAAGAGAGGAAAUAAUACUUUUAGAUUAAGAUUAAUUAUAAAUUGUUGGUUCUUAAAUAUUUGAGUCAUCAAUCGUAUUUUUAACCUACACUUUGUUAUGUAGAGGAGAUUAUAAUUUAGCCUUAUUUUAGGGCAAAGAAGCAUUAGAAUACACUCUAUCAGAUAACAACAAAUACAUAAUUAUAUAAUAUGUUUUAGAAGCAUUUAUAUAAAUAUAAAAAGUUAAAGAUGCUGUUAAUUUCAUAAAUAAUAAUAGUAUGCAAGCAUUUUUAAAUAAAUUUAUCAAUAGCAAUUUAUAAUUUCAAUGUCGAAAUUUAAUUGGUAUAUAAACAACAUGCUUUGCAAAAUAUGGACCUAAAGCAAUUUAUCAUUUUAAUAUGGCAUCACUUAAUCUUCAUAACAAUAAUAUAACUUAGGCUUGGAAUUCAAUUUAAACUAUGAUGAAUUGUUGUGAAAUCAAUAUUAAUUCAAAUAAUGCAACCAUUCCAAUACCUAUUUUAAAUUUAUUAAUAUGGUAUUACUUGAAAAUAGGUAAAUUUCUAAUCCAUAUAUAGAUAAUGUGUAAUUUGCUAUCCAUUUAAUUAAGAGAAGAAGAUUAUUAACAGGAUAGAUGGGAAAAAAUAAAAUAUCUCUGUUAAAUAUUACAAAAUGA